CCCAUUACUCCACCUACUGUGCGAAAGUUUCGAAAUACAACAAAUCCAGCUCCUGGUGUUGAAAGAAUAUUCUACGGCAGAGCAGAUGAUCCUGACAUUGCAUCUCACUUGACACAUGGCAUAGAGUCACCUCCUUCACACAGUGUAGCAUCAUUGAUAAAUCCACUUCCUAAAACCAGUUUUCAACAAAAAAUGCAAGACAAAAUAGAAGCAAUCUACUUACGUAAUCGUCGAGCACCCUUGGGCAGAUCACAUGAUGCUAUGUUACCUAAGGACUUGGAUAUACUUAAUACUACAUUUGGAAUAAAUGCCAUCCAAGAUGUAUCAGGUGGAGAGCUUAUAAAUCCACCAAAAACUUUUGAGGAAGUGGAUAAAGAAGCCAGAGAAGGACAUGAUCUGUACAUUGUGUCACACAAAGAUUAUUAUGUGGGGGAAGCAAUAAAUAGGAAGUAUGACUCUCAAAAUUUCAGCAAGUCUUUUGUUUAUGGAAUAAAAACCCCUCACUUUAAAGAUGGGCGAUACGUAUCCAAAUCCUUAAAUUGGCACUCUGCUCCAGAACUAAAUGUGCUUAUUGACAGUAUAGCAGAAACUAAGACUGUUCCCCCAGACCGGACAUUUGGAAUGUCACUCUGUCCAUAUAAAUAUGGAGUUGCUGAUCUUCUUCACCAUGGAGUUCCAUGUGAGAUCCUCCAUGGUAAAGACAGAGGGAGAACCCUUUUGACUGAAGUUCGGCAGAGUUUGAAGAAAGCUAACUAUGAGAAUUUUGACAUGCUACUAGAAGCAUUCAGGCAUUAUGAUAAGAAUGGUGAUGGAAUGAUAGACAAGGACAACCUACGAAAAUCCUGUUUUCAGCUUAAUCUGAAUGUAGAUGAUGAGCUCCUGGAUUCCUUAUUUGACUGUUGUGAUUUGGAUAAAGAUGGUCUGAUUAAUUAUUUGGAGUUCACAAACUUUCUGAACUGGAAAAACAAAACAGCUGUUAAAGAGUUUGAAGAAAAAAUAAUUACAAAAGCGGAAAAAAUGGAUGCUCUUUUUCUGCCUGAAGACACAAAGAUAAAUGAGGAGCUGAAGCAGGAAGAUCUUGUGUUAAAAGAACUGGGAAGCUCAGAAAAGACUCCAGAAAUACUUACAAGACCAACAGAUCAUGUAUUUGCAAAUUAUCAAACAACUUCUUCUCACUACAAUGCUGUAGUAGGUGGUCUCCCAACAACCUGUUGUCCAGUGCGUGGUGUUCCAAGUAUUCGUUCAGAUCUUCCUGCUCCUCGAAUUCGCCGCCUCAGUGACAGAACUAAUUAUGGUGACGAUGCCAGUGCCUAUGCAUUAUUGUUCCCUUCUGUCUUCAGUCAAAAGGGAGUGUAUGAAAAGGACUUUUUAAAAACAAGACCAAAGGCAGAGAUUGCAGGAAUCCUUCGCAACAUUGGCGUGAACAUUUCAGAUGCAAGGUUUGACGAGAUAUGGCAGCAAGCCUCUAUGAAGCAUCAGAAAGAAGAGGUUUGUGUAGAAAGCAUCAAGAACGUACUGGAU